AUGCCUCCUUUCCCCGAUGCUGUUCUUACUAUGGAGCGCACAAUCACAGUCAAAGGCCCAAGUAUCGAAGUAGUAUCAGCUGCCGAACAGAGGAUCUCCGCUAGGUUGCGACAAAGUUACGAGACUGAUCUCCAGCAUCGGAUGUCAUUCCCCGGUAUUCCUACUAUGCCGGGCAUGAUUCAUCCAAUCGGAGAUGCCUACGCCGCCCUAGCUGCGUCCACCAUGAGGCCCAUGGGUCCAAUGUGUGGGAUUGGGGGACGCGCGGAUGUUUCAAAGACCACUCGGAUGUGGGUCCCGAAUUCAAUGGUUGGAGCAAUCAUAGGAAGCAAGGUAUUUAUUUCAUAUCAAACAUCAGAUGGGCCGUCGUGUUUCGAAAGGGAAGAAAACAGAAAUCUGUUAAUACCCCUGGAAAAUCGCAGUGACAUGUUAGGCUGAGC